ACAAAUGUGCAAAAACGAAAAAGCAAAAUAAAGAACAAAAAGCAGAUGCAAACAAUUUGCCAACAACAAUUGCGAAAAACAUCAACUGACAAUUAGCAAAUUGAAAAAAAGCACGCCGUAAACUGUCAAAAAUAGGUAAUUACAUUUUUAAACGAAUAGAGUACACAUCGCAGUACGGUAGUGCACAGAGAAGUGGUAAAAUAAUUAAUAAAUUGAAAGACUGAAUUAAACGAAAGUGUAUAGAAAUCAUAGAGCAACAUGUCUUUGGCAUUUCAAAAUGCAGAAUCUGUAAAACAGGCCCUGUUCGAGGAACUACAAAAUCUUUUAAGUUCCGAGACCAAUGUACGACAAUCGGCUGAACAAAGAAUGAAACAGUUGGAAUUUACGGAAGGUUAUGGCGUCUAUCUUUCCGAAUUGAUUAUGAAUCAAUCAUUCGAUUUGCCCUUGAGGCAAAUAGCCUGCAUUAUGCUGACACGUUAUGUAGAAAAUCAUUGGGGUGAAUGUGAUGAAGAAGGUAAUCCUAAUGAGGCCAGUUUGGGCGGUGUAGCUACUGAGCAGGCCAAACGCACCAUACGAAACAUUUUACCCAAUGGCCUAUAUGAUCCUAACUCAAAGAUUAGACUUUCUGUUGCCCAUACCAUUUCUACUAUUGCCGCCACCGAUUGGCCCGGUGUUUGGACAGAGUUGUUUGAUAUUAUUAUCAAAUGCUUAGGUGGCAAUGAGGAUUCCAUCCAUGGUGCCAUGCAAAUAUUGCAAGAUUUUUCAUAUGAUGAUAAACAAAUUAAAGAACUUGGUCCUGUUAUUAUAUCAGAAGUCUAUCGUAUUUUUGAAUCUGAACAGAACUAUUCAAUUAAAACACGCACCUCUGCCAUUAAGAUUCUUAAGCCAUUGUUUCUUUCGAUCAGUAUGAAUAUUAUGGAUAAACAGGAACAGGCGUCUAUGAUGAAUUCGAUAUUAACGAAUUUUAUGGAUAAGCUAAUGCAUUAUUUGUCAAUGAAUAGUGCUGCCGCUUCGAAUUUUAUGCUGCGCACGGAAAUUGUUAAAAUUCUCACAUUCCUGGUUACCGAAACACCCAAAUUCAUACAACCUUAUAUGGAACGCAUUUUACCCAUCAUUUGGCAAUUGUUAACACAAAUUGCCGAUACUUAUGUCAAGGUUACUAUUAAUCAAACCGAACCAAGUCCAUUUCCUGUUGCCGAUGCUGACGACGAAGAUGAACUUACAAAUUUCUCUACAAUGAUUAUACAAAUAAUGGAAUUUAUACAAUGUAUUAUUGUUGCCGGAAAAUUCCGUUCGACCAUAAAAAAUGUUUUAACCGAUUUAAUCUAUAUUAUGAUUGUUUAUAUACAAGUGCCCAUGGAGAAGAUAGAAGAUUGGAAUGAAGAUCCAGAAAAAUUCGUAGAAGAUGAAGAUGAUGGUGGUGUAGAAUUGACCAUAAGAAUUUCGGGUCAAGAUGUUUUGGUGGCUUUAAAUGAUGAAUUGGGCGCCAAGGUUUUGCCUGCUCUGCAGGAGGCUUUGGGACGUCACAUGAAUGUGGCGGAAGCUGAAAAAUCUGCUGGCAAUGUUAAUUGGUGGAAAAUUCAAGAGGCUUGCAUGGUUGCUGUUCAUGCCUAUAAUGAACUUAUUUUAGAAUCAGAAGAUCAAUUUGAUUUACUCAAUUAUUUGACACUUGUACGCAAUUGGUUGAAUCAUCAAGAAUGUCCCCAUUUAGUAGGUCGUGCUUUGUGGACUUUAAGCACCUAUUCCAAAUCGAAACUUUUCAAUCCGCAAAUGUUGGAGGAAAUCCUAAAUGUAACUUUACAAAGCUUACAGCCUGAUAAAGAUAUUGUAUUAAAAAUAAGUGCCGUCAGGGCUAUUUAUGGUUUCGUGCAGGCUCACGAAAAAUCAGAGGUUGAUAAACGUGCUUUAAUUCAAGCUAAACUUCCUGGUUUCCUAGAUGGCAUAAUGGCCAUAAUACCUGGUUGUAAAAGUUCCGUUAUGAGCAUGUUACUCGAAUCUCUAACAACUAUAAUAACAUUUGAUCCCUCAUUUGCUGUACAAGCCCAAACUAAAUUGACACCUUUAGCUAUUGCAGUAUUUCUUAAAUAUCCUGAAGAUCCCUACAUGUUGGAAAUUGUACAGGAUCUGAUUAAAGCUCUGUGUCAAAAUCCUCAAUGUUUACAGCCACUACAGGAGAAAUUCAUACCCACACUUGUUAGUAUUAUAAACUUACAAGGGGAACAAGCCAAUGCCGCCAAACAGGAUAUUGCCCUUGAUGUUCUAACCACCAUUGUCAAGUAUUCACAGGCACCUCUACCUCCGGCGCUAAUCGAAAAUGCAUUCCCAGCCAUGAUUCAUUGUGUUUUACGUUCCGAUGAUCAGGCUGUUAUGGUUGCUGGUGGAGAAUGUUUGCGUGCUUUUAUUUUUGUAUCACCCGAACAAAUUUGUUCAUAUAAAAACGGCGAAGGUCUAAACUAUACUAUGCAGCUGACCACCAUGCUGCUGAAUCCCAUGAACAAUGAAAUGACUGCUGGACAAAUUGGUCGUUUAGUUAUAACCAUCAUUACCAAAAUGGGCAAUAUGUUGGGAGAAAAUGUAGACCUUUUGCUGAAAGCUGUUAUUAGUAAAAUGCAGCUGGUCGAGUGUUUAAAGGUUAUCAUGAGUUUGGUAGUGGUAUUUGCCCAUCUCUUCCUGGCACAAAUGGAUGCAGUUUUAAAUUUCCUCUCCACCGUGCCUGGUCCUACAGGCGAACCAGCCAUGCAAUUUGUUUUCUCCAACUGGCUGAGCAAACAAACCUCCUUCUUUGGCACCUAUGAACGUAAAGUCACCACAAUGGCCUUGUGUAAACUUUUUGAAUAUGGUGUUACAACACAAGAUGCUCGCAUUACUUCUAUAACAAUUAAAGAUCUUGUCGAGAAUGAAUCUAACGGUAAUACAGCCCGUAAAACACGAUCUCAAAGCAGUGCCAAUCAUCAGUGGGUUGCUAUGCCGGCUUUAGUGAAAAUGUUUAAAUUGCUUAUUAAUGAACUUGAUCAUCUUAAAGAAGCCAAGUUGGCUGAUUAUGAAACCGAUUCCGAUGAUGAAGAAGAUCCUUCUUCUGGGGCAGGCGAUAAACCAGCUGGCUCUUCUCCACCCAAACCACGUUAUAUAUCCGAUUUGUAUUUCAACGAUGAUGAUGACGAUAACACCGAUGAUGAUCAAUUGACUCAAGAACUUCUAAAAGAUCCUCUCUUCCAAGCUAAUAUGGAAGAAAAUCUUACAAAAUUUUUGCAAAACUUCUCUAGCAGUGAACAUUUUCCCAUGUUUGUUAGUCAUUUGUCGGAAGCCGAAAAGAUUGUUUUGAAAUCCAUUCAAGUAGAAGUGGCUUAAAUAUAAUUUUGUUUAUUUAUUUUUUUGUUUAUUAACUUUUUAUAUGAUUUAUUAUCAUUUAAAUUCAUUUGAAAUGCUCAUUUAUUAAAAUGUUUAACUGUUUUAUAAAACUCUUAUAAGUGUUAUGCGAAAAUUAUGUAUUUCCUUUAUUACCCCAUUAUAUAAUUUAUGCUUUUAAAGUACUUUUUUAUAUGUAUUUGAAAUAAAUUUGUAAUUCUAGAAUUUA